AUGGAGGAUGAAGAUGGGACUUGUCUCCUUGAUGUUUUGUGUGAUGCCCAAGCCCUGAACGACUUCCUUCAUGGGACCAGUGAGCUGCACGCAGAAGAUCUGCUCAUUAACUGCUCCUCUGGGGAGCCGUCACUUUUCACAGCAGCCUCGAGUCCUGUUUCUUUACUGGGAGACGACAGGGAUUCCCCGGACACGCCUCCACCGGGGAGCGUGGACCUGUCCUUUCUGGAGGAGGCCCUUCUGUCCUUUCCAGAAGGUGGAGAGGACCCGCAGGAUGGGCCGCUUGCGGAGACUGGAUGCGAGGCAAACAAAGGGGAAGUGGAUGAGGAGGUGGAGGUGGAGGUGGCAUGUGACAUCCUCCAGCAGAGCCUGCAGGAGGCUGAGAUCACGGAGCAGACCAUGGCUCUUGAAGCAGGUCUGGCACAAACAGGGGACAGUUUGUCCCUGUACUCACCAGCCCCUCUCCUCUCGUCACACACUGUGCCUGCCAUCCCCAAGUCUGUGAUGCAGCCCGUUCCUUCAGCAGUGCCCAGAGACACCCAAGCAGCAGUGGAGCCUCCCCAGCCCUCCCUGCUGGCCGUUGGACCGGGCUGCCCAUCUCUAAAACCUGCUCAGCUGAUGGGAUUACUCCCUGGAAAUGUGUUCCCUGCUUCAUCUUCAGACACUUCAUUCUCUUUAAGUCCUGCUCAAGGCUCCAGUAUGAUUCUACACAAAGCUGUGUCCGGUGUCACAGGUCAGCCCCUCGUUAACCCUACACUGAGAGCCGCAGUGGUACCAGCACCAGGUCUGGUCUUACAGCGUUCUCCUCUUCCUAUCCAGCCCAAACUGCCCAUUAGCAUUCAACCCCGGCUGGUCCAAAUCAGCCCCAAGCCUUCAGGGCAGAAACCCACCCCUGGCCUUACGUUUGUCCCUGGGACUGCCUCAUCAAAUAUUUUACUGUCUCAAGCCCCCGGCCAAAAAUCUGCAGUCCCACAGCCAACUCAGCAGCUCUCUAAAGCAGUUAGCCUGCAGCUGGUCAACCAAGGCAGCUCCUUCGUGCUCCAGCCUCAGGGAAUCUUCCAAAGUCAGAACCAGUUUCUUUUUCCAGGCCAGUCUCCUGUCACAAUUUCCCAGUCUGUCAGAGCAGCUCCACCUUUGCUCACCCCGAGUCACCAAGGCCCCCCAGUUCAUAGCUCCACUGGCCAGUUUGUAGACAGCUCCCAGAUCCUGACAGUACCCCAGAGACAGCUGAACUUCAGCCCAGUCUUCACCACUCCCGCAGGGCAGCUAGCUCUCCGCCAGGCCACUGUGCUUUCAGGACCAUUACAGCUCCAGUCAGCCCCCACCACUGUCUUCCAGAUGCCAGCACAGCUGGCUGGAACUUACACUCCAGGAGGGCAGGGACCACAAGCUACACUGGUCCACAGUCCUGCUCUCGGGAACCGCAUUACCUUGAUCAACAGUUCAGGUGUGCUUCCCCAAGAUCUUGCUUCCAUCUCUAUCGUUAACGGCCCUUCGGUUGUUCAGGGACUGCCGUUCACUGCCCAGGCCCCCCCUGCUCCACAGGCAGAGGGUCAGCUGAACCUUCAGCGGGCUUCUGUGGUCCUGCUGCCUGAGAGGCUUGCACCAGAUAACAGAAGCAGCUCUGAGGAACCGUUCCACCAGCCCCAGCAGCCCUUUGGACACAUUGUCCAUCAUGUGUCCGUACAGCCCACAUCUGCAGGACUCCCGUCCUCACCUCCUCCUGCAGUCACAGUUUUACAGCCCCCACCUGAGCCACCUGUUGUGCCCAGUUCAGCCAUGGAGGCGUCCGAAGUUAUGAUGCCCCCAGCAGAAAUGAACCAAGUUCUGGAAGAGGUCAACCAGUCCAUGAGUCAGAACCAGGACUUUAUGCAACGUCUGCAACAGAGAACUUCUCCUGUCCCGUCUGAGUUACUGGUCGGAGCGCUGCCAGCGGUGCCGAUGGAGAUGCUGUCUCCUGCCAUGACUGACCGCACAAAGACCCAACCCCAGACAGGAGCAGCCUCUGAUCAGGAGGACCAUGCGAUGAUGUCACACCAGCCUGAUGAAGUUUCUCUUCACUCAGACUCUGAAAAUACUCAGAUCAUCUGUUCCCCCGCUCAGAUCCAGGACUCCACAAGACCUGCGUCAUCAACUUUCCCCUCCCCACCUGGAUCUGAGAGUUCAGUCUCCCAAACCUCAGCUCCCCAGUUCCACAUUGAAGCCCAUGUUCCCUACCAGGUCCCUCAUCAGCUCCAGGUCUCACAGACCCAGGUGAAUGUUUCUCAGCCUGCAGCCCAGGUCCAGGUUUCCCAUCAUGAGCCGUUAAGUCAGAGUUCAGUCCACAGCAGUCCGCCCCCCCACUGUCUCAGCAUCUCCGUGCCUCAGCAGCAGACUGUCCUCACAGCUGCUCCUGCUUCACUCUCCAAACCUGGAGACACCUUGGCUGUCCAACAGCCCCCACAAAACAAGCUCACAGCUGCCUUGGCCGUGGAGAGUAAAGCGUUUACUGUCAGUGUGCACCCACCCCCCCAUCCUGCAGAGCCCCCGGCUCCCCUGAAGACUCCCCACAGUCAGACCAACAAGCAGACUGGAAACAAGCUGGCAGGACCUAUGGAGCUGCUGAGAGAGGAGAGACUCACCCCAGCAGCACGUAGGAACAGAUUCCAACAGCACCUUUGUUUGGACCACAGAGCUGUGCAGAACCCGCUCACCAUCCCAGCAUUCACGUCUGUGAAAGAUGCUUUUCGACGUCUGCUUCCAUACCACACCUGUGCCGGUCAUCUGCCCACUCACGAGGACUUUAAUUUAGUGGACCAGGAGUUUUACACCAUGUCUGGAUUCCUUCUAAAACGCACCAAGGACAUGGUCAACAAGUACAGACAGCUGCUGGUGAAAGAAACCCAGCAGGAGAGUCCAUCAGCAGAGAUGGUGAUGUUGGAGCGUCUCUUUCUGCAAGCUGAGAGGUUUGCUUUAACUGAGGACAGACGGCGAGCUCGCAGAGACCCAGAAACUUUUCUAACAGCCUUGGCAACGUCAGCGUCGUCCCCUCAUGAGGCCUUCUCCUCUGGCCCCGCCCCUCUGGACUCCCCUGCCAACCCCUCCUCUCCACCAGCUUGGAGCCAGUUGUCGGAGCGGCCCCCAGGACUGAAGACGUACCACUCCAGCUCUCGUGGCGCUCUCAGACUCACCAUCAAGCAGGAGUCUGGCUCUCGUAAAGUGAUCCACAACUCCGCCUGCGACCCCGGCCUGAAGAGGGACCACGCCGGCCAGCUGACUAACGGUGGUGGGGGCUUGAACAAAUGCCCUCCUCAGGCAACAAACGGAGCUUCCCAGCAUCCUCAGCAUGAUGAGAUGUCCAACGGAGCCCUUACCGAGAACAUUAUUGAACAGGUCCAACAGAAGACACCCAGUCCCAAAAUAACCCCCUCCAGUCCUCUCCCUGUGCUCGAGGACGUCUGCUUGGACCCACCUCCCAGAGACGUCAGUGCCCCCAAAUUAAAAUGCUACAGGCUCGAAGUGUCUCCUCGGUCAGAGCAGUUCAGCCCUGCAACGCCGCUGCGUCAAAACGAGCACACGCUCAGCGAACACCUGCAGAGCGCCAUCGACAGUAUCCUGGAGCUGCAGCGCCUGCAGGGCACCUCUGCAGCUCCCACCAGGACCUCAUCGGGCCCUGCACUGGACCAGGCUGUCACCAGCAUCCUGGAGGGACACCUGUGAGGUAAAAGGUAGAACCAAGUGUUCAGAUGUUGCCUGAACUGACUGAAGAAAGGCGCUAUGAAGAGAUUCCUACCAGAUAAAGCACCAGAUGUUCGAUGCUUCAUUCCCGACGAACGUUUGCAGGAAACAAAAUCCAUCUGAAGAGAAGCUACAUCGAUCCAGCGGUUCAGAUGACGCUGCUGUAGCUUCCAUCAGCAGACAGUUUAUAAGUUAUAAACAC